AUGGACGAGAAAGAUACCAAGAUGGCUGAUACGACAAAGCAUGUUGAAGCCGCACAGCCAACCCAAAAUUCACAUGCUGAGAUCACUCCCGCACCUGCGCCAGAUUACUCAGCGCCCAAAGCAAACACUGAACAACUCGAAGAUGCUCGCGGAUGGGAAUCGGAAAACUUGGUUCAGGAUUUAGAAAAGGAAUUGGAGCAAGCCGAGUACAAGCUGGGAUUUUUCGAUCUUCAAUUCAAGAAUCCAAAACAUUUUACAUGGCUUCUUGUCGCUUUUGCUUCCAUGGGAGGUCUGCUCUCCGGACUGGAUCAAUCGCUCAUCUCUGGUGCCAAUCUCAAGCUCCCGCAGGAUCUUGGCCUCACGGCGCAGCAAAAUUCCUUGGUCAACUCUGGCAUGCCUCUUGGUGCCGUCGCCGGUGCGUUCCUCAUCUCUCCAUGCAACGAGUACUUUGGUCGCCGCUGGGCUAUCCUAAUUUCUUGCAUCCUGUACACCAUUGGAGGUGCACUAGAGGCUGGUAGUAUGAAUUAUGGAAUGAUUGUCGCUGCACGUGUCAUCCUCGGUGCUGGUGUCGGCCUUGAAGGUGGAACAGUGCCAGUGUACGUCGCCGAGACAGUCGAGAGCAGACUUCGGGGUAACCUUGUGUCACUCUAUCAGUUCAACAUUGCUCUCGGUGAGGUUCUCGGGUAUGCCGUCGCUGCCAUGUUUAUUACUGUCCCAGGUUCAUGGCGAUAUAUCCUCGGUAGCUCGCUCGUGUUCUCCACCAUCAUGGGAAUUGGCAUUCUCUUCAUGCCGGAGAGUCCACGAUACCUGAUGCAUAAGGGCAAGUCCCUCGAAGCAUUCAAAGUCUGGCGCCGCAUCAGAGGAACUGCUACAUAUGAAGCUCGUCAAGAGUUCUUCAUCAUGAAAAUCAGCACCGAAGAGGAGGAGGCCGAGGUGGCAGCCGGUCGGACGAAGCGCUUUCCAUGGAUGGAUUUUGUCACCAAGCCGCGCGCACGUCGCGCUAUCGUCUAUGCCAACAUUAUGAUUUUCCUGGGGCAAUUCACGGGUGUUAACGCCAUCUUAUACUACAUGAGCGUGCUCCUGUCGCAGAUUGGCUUCAACACAUAUGAUGCAACUUACAUGUCUUUGGUCGGCGGCGGCGCACUACUCAUUGGUACCAUUCCUGCCAUCUUCCUCAUGGAGACAUGUGGACGUCGUUUCUGGGCUAUCGCUAUGCUUCCCGGCUUCUUAAUUGGUCUCAUACUGGUUGGAGUGAGCUACCAGCUUCAUAGCGUCACUGCAACACUUGGGGUUUACCUUACCGGCCUAAUCAUCUACGAGCUUUUCUUCGGUUCCUACGCCGCACUCACAUGGGUCAUUCCAUCCGAGGUGUACCCAACCUAUCUGCGCUCGUACGGUAUGACGACAUCGACUGGGUGGCUCUUCCUUUCCUCGUUCAUCGUUACCUACAACUUCACGGGCAUGCAAAAUGCCAUGGGCCGCACGGGACUGUCUCUAGGCUUCUACGGAGGCAUUGCAGUAGUCGGCUGGUUCUAUCAGAUCUUCUUCAUGUAUGAGACAAAAGACAAGACACUGGAGGAGAUUGACCAGUUGUUCAUGAAACCAACGCGCCAGGUUGUUAGGGAGAACAUGAAGAGCUCCUGGGAGGUCACCACAGAUCUGAUUCACUUUAGAUUCAGGAAGGUCUUUAUUGAGAAUAACCAGAGAUCAAAGGCAGGAGAAUAG